AUGGAGGAAUACGCCUAUGCCGGAAGGAAGAGGCGCGUGGUGCAUCUAAGCUUUUAGGAGUUGCAGGUGGGCACGGUUUCUCUCUACGGGAUCCACAUAGUGUCGCUGGUGAUCGAGGACCAGGAGAGGCUCUGUCUGGCCCAGAUCAGCAACACUCUACUCAAGCAAUUCAGUUACAACGAGAUCCACAACCGGAGGGUUGCCCUGGGCAUCACCUGCGUGCAGUGCACCCCGGUGCAGCUGGAAAUUCUGAGAAGAGCAGGGGCAAUGCCGGUGUCCUCGAGACGGUGCGGGAUGAUCACGAGAAGGGAAGCCGAACGACUCUGCAAGUCCUUCCUGGGAGACAAUGCUCCACCCAGACUCCCCGAGGACUUCGCCUUUUCCGUGCACCACGAGUGUUCCUGGGGAUGCAGAGGUGCGUUCCUUCCGGCGCGGUACAACAGCUCGCGCGCCAAGUGCAUAAAGUGCGCCUACUGCGGCUUGUUCUUCUCGCCGAACAAGUUCAUCUUCCACUCGCACAGGACUGGCCUCUCGGACAAAUACGUGCAGCCCGACGCGGCGAACUUCAAUUCCUGGCGUCGGCACAUGAAGUUGUCGGGGAACCCGCCGGACAAAGUGGUGCACGCAUGGGAGGACGUUAAGGCGAUGUUCAACGGGGGGACGCGGAAGAGGCUGCUGUCGAACCCCGGGGUCGGCGGCGCCGGCCCCGCCAAGAGGACGCGCCUCUCCCCCACGGCCCCCGCUUCCGCCCCCUUGCCGCCUCCCCUGGCGACGCCGCCGCAUCCCCGGGUGCCCCCAUUUCCUGAGCUCCCCCUGCCGCUCUCGACCAACAUCGUCGCCGAUUAUUUUUGGCACCAGCACCAACAGGCUGUCGUCGUGGCCGCCUCCAAGGAUCCCGCCUUCCCGUUUCCUUCGUACGCGCUUCCUUGGCUGGCCAAGAGGGGGCCCGUUCUGUUUCCAGGACCCCUGCCCCCGCCGAUAGCGCCGGGGGCGACUGCCCCGGAGACGUUGCUGCCCGCGGCGGCCGCUGCGGUAAACGUCCCGCUUCAUCAGUCGGCCUUCCGGCCGGUUAUCAGGUCUUCGCCGAUUCUGGAGAAUUCUGGACCGGAAGCCCCCUCCAGGGCCUCCGCCCCCGGCAAGGACGGAGACGAGGACGAGGACGAAGACGACUCGGACGACGAGGUCGACAUAGAGACGACCGAGGACGACGUCGCGACGCCGACGCCCAGGCCUCCCCCGGAGGUCGCCAGGGGCACCCGCGAGGACCGACCCGGAGGCGAUUCCCCCCAGUGCUGGAGCCCCCCCAGGGAGACGGAACGAGAGGCUGAAAAGAUCGCGGAAGAGGCUGCGGCCUUGCGCGACGUCAAACCGGAACUUCCGCCUGCAAGAAGUCCGGAAACCUGGCACGGUGGAGCUUUUUAUCGACACCUAAACCUGCUGAAAGGUACGCCCAGUACUUGCAAAAGUACCCCCGACUGUACCGCAUGCCGUCCACGUGGGAUCUUCUACGGGCCGUUGAAUAAUCCUUCGGCACCGACAAAUUAA